AUGGAGUUCUCUGCGCGUUUCCUUCGCCUAAAGGACGUCUUGUUGAGCGCAGGAGCCCCCAAGUAUAGACUAGAUCAGCUGAUUCGCCAGCUAUAUGGGGGUAAAGUGACGGCUGUUGCGGAUCUGAAGUCGCUGGGCACGCACGCCCAAAAAGCAAUCGAGACGCAGUUCGGCCCCAACUUGCUAACUUUAAAUUGUGUUUCUGUAUCAGAAGCACCUAGAGCGACAAAAGUACUCUUCGAAUGCAAAGAUGGGGUCAGGAUAGAAGCUGUUGCCCUAAAGUUUGCCUCGCAUACUUCUCUCUGCAUAUCUUCCCAGGCGGGAUGCUCUUUCAACUGCAGCUUCUGUGCGACAGGGAAGAUCGGCCUGAAACGCCAGUUAACUGUAGACGAAAUAUCGGACCAGGUGCUGUAUUUCCAGGCCAAUGGCGUACGAGCUGACUCUGUAUCUUUCAUGGGAAUGGGGGAGCCCCUUGCAAACCCCCGCGUAUUUGAUACCCUCAAGUUACUUACGGACUCUAGGGCAUUCGGCUUGUCGGCGAGGCGUCUGAACAUCUCCACUUCUGGCGUUCUUCCAGGCAUUAAGAAGCUGAAUCAACAACACCCGCAGGUCAACUUGGCAUUUUCUUUGCAUUCUCCGUUUCCUGAGGAGCGCAAUAUUCUGGUACCAGCCAACCGCAUGUACCCGUUCUCGGAAGUGUUUACUCUCCUCGAUGAACGCAUUGCUUUGACAGGUGUCAACGACUCGCCAGAGCACGCAAAAGCCCUUGCAGCGCUUAUUAGGGAUCGUCGAAGAACAACAAGACACCUAUACCACGUGUCACUAAUCGAAUAUAACGACGGUAAUGCUAUCCUCUGCGCAGGGAACUUGCAAAACAUGCCUCCGCAAGGUGUACCGUCGACCCUACGGAGGGCAGAUAGCAAGAGACUUCAGCAAUUCGAGGAGGUGCUUGACGCCGCAUCCAUUUCUCAUUCACGAAGGAAUUACUUUGGCCGGGAUAUCGAUGCUGCAUGCGGGCAGCAGUUCGCAGCAUACGAUCCAGAGCCCAAGAGAAAGGCAAAUUGCCCAGUGCCAGCAUCAUAG